ACUCCUCUGUGGAGAGCUGGUCGCUGGCUUGGUGAGUGAAUACUGACCAGACUUACAGCAGAUCUCCUCCAUUGAAUUGACACUCCUCUAUAUUUCCUGAAAGCAGAGAUCAGUGAACAAGAGGAGCCUCAGUUCAGAACAGGUAGGAAGGAACAGGGACCAGCUACGAUGGCUUCAGGAAUCCUGGUGAAUAUAAAAGAGGUGAUGACCUGCCCCAUCUGCCUGGGGAUCCUAACAGAACCCAUGAGCCUGGACUGUGGGCACAGCUUCUGCCAAGCCUGCAUCACUGCAAACAACAAGGAGUCCGUGAAUGGCCAAGGAGAGAGCAGCUGCCCCGUGUGCAGGAUCAGUUACCAGCCUGAGAACCUGCGGCCUAGUCUGCAUUUGGCUAACAUAGUGGAGGUGCUCAGGGAGGUCAAGUUGAGCCCAGAGGAGGAGCAAAAGAGUGAUCUCUGUGUGCACCAUGGAGAGAAACUCCUGCUCUUCUGCAAGGAGCAUGGGAAGAUCAUUUGCUGGCUUUGCGAGCGGUCCCAAGAGCACCGUGGUCACCACACCUUCCUAUUGGAGGAAAUUGCCCAGGAGUACAAGGAGAAGCUCCAGAAAGCUCUGGACAGUCUGAGUGCAAAGCAGCAGGAAGCUGAAAAAUUGAGAGCUGACCUUGAAAAGGAAACAACUUCCUGGAAGGAUCUAAUAGAUAAUGAAAUCCAAAGUAUCCAGGAUUAUUUUAAAGAACUGAGAGGUAUCCUGGACGGUGAGGAGCAGAAGGAGCUGCAAAGGCUGGAGAAGGAGGAGAGAGAUGUUCUCAGUUACCUGGCCCAGGGUGACAGUGAGCUCAUCCAGCAGAGCCAGGUGUUGAGAGAUCUCACCUGGGAUCUGCAGCGUCGGUUGCAGGGGUCAACAGCAGAGAUGCUGCAGGAUGUGAAUGGCAUCCUGGAAAGGAGUAAGACCUUCACUCUGAAGAAGCUAAAAACUCUCCCCAAGAAACAAAGGAGAGUGUUCCAAGUUCCUGAUCUGAGAGGGAUGCUGCAAGUGUUUAAUGGUGAGGAUUUCUAGAGUGAGAGGGUAUCUGUGGGUUCUAGUUAUGAUGGUG